ACCAGAUUAAAUCAGAUGCAUUUCUUCUCCUAUGUCAAGAACGUGUUAAAGAUAAACAAACAUGCAGAUUUAUUUUUCCUUCAUUUUUAUUAGUGUUUGCCCAUUGGGGGUGUUUUUGGAAAAUGUCAGCAGAACUCAAAAACUGAUUAACACGGUUACCUCAAAUGGCUACCCAAUUGAAACUCACCAAAUAGAAACCGAAGACGACUACAUUUUAACAGCAUUCAGGAUACCACAUGGCCGAAAUACCACAUCUUCUAACAAUCUUCCGAUUAUACUUAACCAUGGAAUGUUGGGAUCAGCAGACAACUAUAUUUGGCUAGGACCCCAGCGAUCCUUAGCCUAUAUUUUGGCAGAUGCGGGAUAUGAUGUAUGGUUAAUGAAUUGUAGGGGAACAUCUUAUAGUAGAAAACAUAAAAGUCUGAGUCCGAACGAGAAACAAUUUUGGGAUUUUUCAUUCCACGAAAUAGGUGUUUAUGACAUACCAGCUGUAAUUGACUAUAUUCUAAAUGCUACACACCAAAGCAGCCUGUAUUAUGUAGGCCAUUCACAAGGAUGUACCACAGUUUUUGUCAUGGGCUCGGAAAGACCUGAAUAUAAUGAAAAAAUUAAGCUUGCUAUUGCUUUGGCUCCAGGAGCAAUAUACAAAAAUUUUAACGAACCUUGGGUGCUGUGGUUACUCAAGCAUAUUCCAAUACAGGAAGUACAGAUGUUAGCUGAUGAACUUCGAUUGUAUCAAAUCCCUCCACCAUAUUUUUCUGAAGAUGAUGUAGCAGACAUGGCAACAAUGUUCUGUGUAGAAAAUAAGUUUCUAAAGAAAACCUGUAAAAUUAACAUGGAAUUGGCGACUAGAUCGAAGGUGGACAGUGUAGAGGAGGAGGACAUACCAUCCAUAUUAAGUACAUUGGUUAACACAAUCUCUGUAAAGCAGGGUUUCCAUUAUGGUCAGUUGAUCCUCUCAGGAAAUUUCCAAAAUUACGACUAUGGGCCAACGACUAACCAAGAGAAAUAUAAUUCAAGUUCCCCUCCGUUAUACAAUUUUCAAAACAUAACGUACGCAACUGCUCUAUUUUCUGGGAAAACUGAUAACUUAGUCACACCUCAGGAUGCCCGACUUUUAGCAAAGCAACUACCAAACCUAGUUCACUAUUCAUCAGUUCCUUUACCGCAAUUUAGUCACGUGGACUUUAUUAUUAGUAAGAAUAGUAAAAACCUUAUAUAUAAACCAAUUUUGAAACUAUUAGACAGAUUUAAAAAUAAAUGAAUUAUUAUGA